CGAUUUUUUUAAAAAUAUUUUUUUAAUCAAAACACGAGAAAUUCGAGGAUUUUUUAUUAAAAAAUUCACAAAAAAUGGCAGAUACAAACGGAGAUGAGCAACAUCAUGAGGAAGAAGAACAAACGGACAAGAAGCAGAAAAGACACGAUUUGACGGGAGCGAAAGAUUUAGACAAAGUCACAGAUUACGCCGAAGAAUUGGAGCUCAAAUCCGACAUUUCGAACGCUGCAAACAUCUUUGCUGAGAAGAGAAACAAAGAAGACGAACUCAAACUCGCUAAAGAACGCGAACUUCAAAAGAUUCACGUGAAAAAGGAAGACGUCGAGUUAAUUAUGCACGAAAUGGAAAUCUCCCGAUAUCAAGCUGAAAAAACCCUCCGGGAGCACAGCGGAAAUGUCGUGAAUGCUCUUGUCGCGUUAGUUGAAUAAAUUUUUCCAUUAAAAAAA